UUUUUUCUCUCUCUUCUAAGUUACCAAUAUUGAAGAGCUGAAAUUUGUUCUUCAAAGCACGCGAAAACAAGCCCUAGGCCGUAAAACUGAGGAACAAUAAUCUGUUUCUCGGAGAGCAUCUGAGAUUUGAACCCCCUAAUUCAGGCUGCGCUGAUCGUUACUACCUGUCCAAUUUCUCCAAAAGGCUUUUAAUAUUUGUUAAAGAAGAUAGACCGCAAUGAGAUUCAGAACUAGGGAGGUGGUUUCAAGGAAGUUAUUGAUACCUUGCCCUUCUUCUCCACAAGGUGCAGAGUGUUUCGUAACUGGAGACGUUGUUGAGGUCUUCCAUCAAUAUUCUUGGAAGAUUGCUGUGGUCGUGAAUGUUCUAGGAAGCAAAAAAGAAAGUAGAAAUAAGAAUAUCCAUCCCAAGGUUUCGACAUGCAAGAAUCAAUAUUUAGUGAGACUAGUUGGGUACUCAAAGGAAGUUGCUAUUGAUAGAACGAAGAUCAGGAUGAGACAGACAUGGCAUGAUGGAAAAUGGGUUCAAUCGACAAAGAUUCCUCAAGUAGGUGAUGAUUUAAUAGUGAGCAAACCAUCAAAGUCAAAUUUUUGUCUGAAGAUGAACUCCCAGGGUCCAGCGUUCAAUUCUAGAGUUAAAUAUCAACCUGGAGAAGAUUUUGGAAACUUCAAAGAUGAAGCUGCACCAAGGGAAUCUGCUGUGAUCUCCUCAAGAUCCCUGAAGAGGAUGUCCCCAUAUGUUUCAUCUGUUAUUGAAGCCAAUGACGGAUAUGUACAAAAGUUUCAAACCGCUGAGAAAGAAGGCCGGAAGCAGCGAGUGGUUGCUGACCGGGUACUUGACAAGUUCUUUUUGAAAUGAGUGGAGCAAAGCUCAAGCGCUCAUGCCAAAAAAUUGGGUGUACCAGCCAAAUAUGUCAUCUGAUGAUCAAGAGAUGCCAACUAUUGUUGUAUCCGAUCAAGUAAGAGACCUUCUAUUUGCACCAUUUGGUGUCAGAUGUCCCUUAGCUUUAAAUAUUGUGCCCUGCAUAACAGCAUUGCAGAUUUCUAGUAUUUUGACUACUUAGCUUUUGAUGAGAUGUUCAUGAGAAAUUGAAUCUUGAAGUGUACAGUUGACUUUGGCCUGCAAUGUAUUGCUAGUUCUUCAUGUCUGAAACUUAAUCAAAACUGCAUUUUUGGCUCUACUCUACAGAGUGACUAAUUUGGUCACUGUCGACUACUAUAUAGUUUGAUUGCUGCUUAUUAGUGAAAUUCUGUGUGCAAUGGCAUUGAUGAUUUUACUUAUGUAAGUAUGAUUUCCUCCAUUCGAUUUGGCUGCUCUUGUACUCUGCACAUGUAUUUUUCUAAGGCUGUAUUGAUCAUACUUGAAUCCUGUACUUAUUUUCCAGGGCUACAGUUUGAAGCAUGCAUCAUUUGCUUCCAAUGGUGCAAAGAUGAUGCCAGGGUUCUCUUGGCAUUGAACUUUGGGUGAUUCAGUUGCCUACUUUCAUAGAUAUGCUACGAUUAUGGCCACUCCCUGGUAUCACAUGGUUUAUGCCACUUCCGUUUUAUCUCCUUUUCUCCCCCCUUUAACUCGAUAUUAUAGGAUGUAUUUACCAGAGGAUGGUAAAUGUUAAGAGGGUUGUUUGUACCAAAGCUGUAUUUUCUUUAGCACUAAUUCAAAUUACAUCUUAACCAUAUUGAAAAUUUUAAUGUCAAUAGAACAUUGCAUAAAGUCAUGCUUUAUUCGAUUAACAGAUGGUGGUAAGAUUCGAUGAUUGAGAAUGAGCCUUGAAAACAUUCUUGAGAAGAUGAAAAGAGUUGGAGAUGCAGCUGUAGAGAUUAUGAGAAAUUAUAGUGUUCAGACUGGAUGCAGAUUGGAGAGGUGAUCAUUUGUUGCUAAUGAUUUGUUACUUGAUAUGUAUCAGAAACCCUUGUGCAUAGUGACUUGUUUUUGGCCUUCUAGCAACAGACACAUGUCAUCGGUCCUAAGACGCCAGCUGGCAAAACUUGAUUCAACUAAGGAAACAGUUGAGGAAGCUGAGAGAAAGCAGUAAUAAUGUUGUGGGUAGCAUUUUGGCAUGUAAAUAUUGUGAAUACUACUAUUGUUAUAUGUCAUCUUGUUAAUAGAUUUGGAUCUUUUUUUAUCA